UGGCUUACGGAAACACGUCGUUUUCAGCAUGGCUCCGAAAGGCAAAAAGUGUCCACCGAAAGCUCUGAUCUUUAGUGAAAAUGAAAAACAGGCGCUGGAAAAUGACAACGACGAAGCAACUCAUGAUCAAGAUGAGGAGGAUGAUGAAUUUACCCUGGAUGAUGUCUUACGUUUGGGCGGCACUAAGGCUGACUAUGUCAUGCUUGUUGGACUUGAUGACAAUAAUGAGCUAAUAAAUGGUGGAAAGAAAGGUGCAAUUGAUGAUCUGGAGGAAGGUGAGUUAGGGGAAUUCAUCACAAAAUUGGGCAUUUGUGCCUAUGCAGACCAGCAGGUUAUUAAAGGUGACGAUGAGGAUGAACAAGAGGAGAUGGUUGGAGAACCUGAUGAGGAGGACAAGAAAAAAGCCCCCCUCAAAGCACAUCAGCAGGUUAUUAAAGGUGAUGAUGAGGAUGAACAAGAGGAGUUGGUUGGAGAACAUGAUGAGAAAAAGAGCAAGAAAAAGGUCCCCCUGAAUGCAGAGUACAGUAAUGCUUCUGCAGACAAACAAGAAACGGAGGCCAAAAAAAAGAACAAGGAGGUUCAAAAAACAGCUAGAGCAGGAAAGAAGGCUAAACAGAAAGAAGCCAGCCUCUUUGAGUUUUAUCCCAGACAAACGCUGUUGCUCAGACCUGGUGGAAAAUGGUAUGAUAUAGACUACUCCUCCGAGAUGAAUGCAUCACCCCAGGAUGAGUCACUGGUUUCUCAGUAUAAGGCUUUAGCUCAGAAACUUUUUGAGGCCGAAGUCGAGUUCUACAAAACUAAGAAGAGCUUGCAAAAGGGCGCUAACACGGCCUGGAUGAAGAGCGUUGUCUCCACUGGCACUCUGGCUGACAGGAUGGCAGCCAUGACUGUCCUAAUUCAGGAUGCCCCAGUGCACUCGGUGGAGCAUAUAGAGAGCCUCGUCACUCUUGUGAGGAAGAAGGGGAGCCGCAGACAGGGCCUCAUGGCUCUGGACACGAUUAAGGAGCUUCUUCUGUCCGACCUCCUGCCAGAGAGCCGCAAGCUCCGGGCCUUCAUCCAGCGCCCUUUCAAUGAGCUGGAGGAACGGGCCAGCGGAAACCGGGACGCCCGAGACCGGAGACUCGUCCUCUGGUACUUCGAGCACCAGCUGAAGCUUCUUGUGGCAGACUUUGUCGUGGCUCUUGAUGCCUUGUCUCACGACACACUCCUAGCCAUCAAGACCAAAGCUCUUACCACCGCUCAUGAGCUGCUGUGUAACCGUCCUGAGCAAGAGCGAGCCCUGCUGGUGCACGUAGUCAACAAGUUGGGAGACCCUGAGUACAAGGUCGCCUCCAAAGCCUCAUACUUGCUGGAGACCCUGCUUCACAAGCACCCCAACAUGAAGGUGGUGGUGUGCACUGAGGUGGAGCGUCUCAUGUUCCGGCCCAACAUUAGUGCCAAGGCACAGUACUAUGCCGCUUGCUUCCUUAACCAGGUGAUGCUGAGCCAUGAGGAGGCGGACUUGGCCACCCAGCUCAUUACAGUCUACUUCACCUUCUUCCGCAUAUGUGUCCGCAAGAAGGACGUGGGGACGAAGAUGCUGGGUGCCCUGCUGACAGGGGUAAACCGGGCGUAUCCAUACACUCAAGCAGGCGACGAGACGGUGCGGGAGCAGCUAGACACGCUGUUUAAGGUGGUGCACAUGGUCAAGUUCAGCACGGCCAUGCAAGCACUCAUGCUCCUUUUUCAAGUCAUGGACUCUCAGCAAACUGUGUCAGACCGCUACUAUGUAGCACUUUACAGGAAGCUGCUGGAUCCAGGACUGUCUGUAUGCUCAAGGCAAAGCAUGUUCCUCAACUUGCUCUAUAAGUCCCUUAAGGCGGACAUUGUGCUGCGGCGGAUCAAGGCCUUUCUAAAGCGCCUCUUACAGGUCAGCUGUGAGCAGAGCCCCGCCUUCGCAUGCGGAGCGCUCUUCUUGGUGUCGGAGGUCAUGAAGUCCAAGCCUGGCCUCAAGCUCCUCCUACACGAAGCAGGGGAUGGAGAGGAAGAAAAGUUUCAAGACCUUAAAGGGGAGGAGGAAGAUGAGGAGGACGAUGAAGAAAGAUUUGUGGAUGCUGAUAAAAUCGAAGAGGGUCAGUGCAACCAACCUGAGCAGCCCAAACCAACUGCAUCAUGGGUACAUCAUCAAAACCUGGAAGGGAGUAAGAAAGCAGAUAUAUAUGACCCUACCCACAGAAAUCCUUUGUACUGUGGAGCAGACCACAGCACACUCUGGGAGCUACAGAAGCUUUCCCUUCAUUUCCAUCCCUCUGUGGCUCUCUUUGCCAAGACCAUUAUACAGGGAGCACAUAUACAGUACACAGGAGAUCCACUGCAAGACUUCAUACUCAUCAGGUUCCUGGAUCGCUUUGUGUUCCGGAACCCCAAACAAGUCAAGGGAAAGCAAAACACAGAAGCCACUGUAAUGCAACCAAAGCAAAAACAGUCCAUGAAUAACAUCCGUGCCUUACCAGUGAACUGUGUCCAGUACCUGGCCAAAAAAGAGAGUCAGAUUCCUGUGGAUGAGGUGUUCUUCUACAGGUUCUUCAAGAAGCGCGAGGGGCAGAUUCGGCGGUCACGUGCAGCCACCGACAAUGAGAGUGUGGAAGACAUCGAUGACGAUGAGUUUGACAGGAUGCUCAAUGCUUUUGAAAGUGACAACUACUUUACAGAAUUUAAGGAUGAGGACCUGGACUUUGCUGGUAAUGUGAAGAGCAAAUCCAAGAAAGGCAAGAAAACUGAGCUCUCAGAUUCUGACCUGGACUCUGAUGACAACCUGGACGAUGAGGAAGUGUCUCUCGGAAGCAUUGGUGAGGAAGACUUUGGAGAUGAGCUGGAGGAAGAAGGUGGUGCAUUCAUGGACCCAAAAGGAGAGGAUGACGAUGAAGUACCAGAACUUGAGGAAGAUAUUGAUAAUGAAGCCAUGGAUGAUACUGAUGAAGACUUGGAGGAUGAAUCAGAAGUAAGCAAUGGACCCAGAAAGGGCAAGAGGAAGUCAACAGAGUACCUGGACUUCUCCCAACCUUCUGGUUUGAAACCAGGAAAGAAAAAAAAGAAAGGAAAGAUGCACGACGCAGCCGUGUUUGCUUCAGCUGAAGAGUUUGGGGAUUUGCUGGAUGAAAAUGUAGGCACCCAGGUUGACAGCACUGGGCUGAACGCGCUGGCCAACCGAGACAAAGCCAGUGUCAAGCAGCUCAAAUGGGAGACGAAGCGUGAGGAUUGGAUCCAGGGACGCGAUGUCAGCACGCUCAGGAGGAAGAAAGCCAUGUUCAACAAAAGGAAACAGUUCAGGAAUGCUGGGCGGGGCAAAAAGACAACCGGAAGGAGGAAAUGAAACCUCGCCCCACACACCUCAGUUCUACCAUCCUUCUUUUGGGGAUCAGCGAGCCUCUAUUGCUGCUUAGCAGACCAGGCCUGCUGAUCUGCUUCCCGGAUGCCGUAGAUUCCGGACAGCUCACUGGACUUGUAAAAGACUGAGAGAGGGGAGGGAAAAGGUUUGAAUCAUUUUUACCAGGCAAUUCCUGGUCACAAUUAAAUAGUGUUGGUUAGUUCUAAAAUGCAGGAAAAGUCUGUAUCUUAACAUGUAAAAUGUACAAUUUGUACUAAAUGUUAUUUUACAGUUUCAGAAACAGUUUAUGCUUCUAAAUAUAUAUAAUUUUUAAAAUCUG